UAUUUUUUCCACAGCCCUGCCGGAUAUCUAACAGCAAACCCAAUCUUAUAUGGGAUGUGGAGAGGUUUCCUAACGACGGAGCCCGUCUGCCGCUCUAUGGCCUUCACUCUGAACCAUCCUUUCUCCGCCGAUGCAAAUUGGUGUAUUGGAGGUGUUACACGCAAUGUUCGCUUCUCCCCACGGUACUCCUUUCUUACUCCGUUUCGGACACCUUGCCGGCGAUCUGCAUUUCAUAUCGCCAGGGCAAAGGCAAGCGCCGUCGGCGAUGACCAACAAUCGAAGAAAUCCAAGGAUUUGGUUCAAAGCUUUGUGGAAGAAGAAGAGGAAGUCGAGGAGGAACUCCCAUGGAUUCAGGAGAAGGCCCUUGACCUUGUCGAGUUCACUGGUACUGUGACCCAAGCCAUUCCCGGGCCGAGGGUUGGCCAGAGCCCUCUACCGUGGAUGCUUGCCGUUCCUUUGGCGUACAUCGGGCUCACGUUUGUUUUUGCUGUCUUCAAGACUGUGAAAAAGUUCACUUCUCCCCGUGCAAAGCGGAAGAAGCUGGUGAAUAAGAAUGCUUUUCUGCUGAAGUCAAUAGACGAAUUGUUUGAGAAGGGUAGGGAAGAAGUGAACCAUUCGGCUCUUAAGGGGCUUAUGCAGAAGACAGGCUUUAAUAUGGAUGAUAUUUUGAGGAAGUACAUCCGAUAUGUACUGAAUGAGAGGCCCUUCAAUCCAGAUACUGUGGCUGGUCUACUACAUCUUAGGAAAGCAUCCAUGUUGGAGGAUCAUCAAGUAGCUGAAGUAUUAAAUGAAACAUCAAGGAGAAUUGUUAAAGAAAAAGGACCAGUUGUCAUGGAUAUUUCAGGAUUCACAGAAAAGGGUUUCAAAAGGAAACUUGCUGUACAGGCCCUUUUCGGGAAGGUUUUCUAUCUAUCAGAGAUUCCGGAUUUCUGCUCAAGAGACAAUUCGCUAGUCAUUAAAGAAAUUUUUGGAGUGACAGAUGAGGAUGCAGAUACUCUCCGUUUGCACACACUCUCUGAAUCAGGCGAUAUUGAAACACUCGAGAAGCUUGUUGAUGAUGCAGGCUCUGAAGAACCUGAUGAUGAUUCUGUAAGAGUACGUUGAUUUAUAUAUCGAGAGAUAAAACAGUCAGUUUGGAGUGAUAGAGAGGAAAUUUUUGUAAGACCCUAUGUAGGGGAAAAUUAUUAGGUCCGAACAUCGGAUGUAGAGAUACAUUCGGACUCCAAUAAAAUAUUGACAUAUGGAAUGUACACGUGUCCGCAGAAUUUUAAGCCAAACAAGUCAAAAGCGUAGAUAAAGCACAGUCAAAGCGCAAUUCGCAUGUCAAAUUUUAAUUUGAUAUCCGGACCUAAUAAUUUGCCCUAUGUAGGGUUGUAGUUGUUGUAUUCAUUUUUUUUAAUCUAUUAUGCUCUGAUGUUGAUGGAAAGAGAAUUUAAAAUACUGAAAUAUGGGAUCUGCUGAAUGGUUGGGACUA